AUUUCGUACUCAGCCUAAGGAUUUCCGCGAUCGGCCAUUAACGACCUUAGUGUACAGUGCUUUUGUAGUUCUCAAUUCUUAGUUGGGUUUUGUGUAAACGUUGUAACAUUGGCGAGUUCAACUUUAUUCACGCUUUUGAAAAGGAAUAACAAUGAUUUCUGUUCCGGAAGCGCGUUUUUACUGCAACGAAUGCUUGCUCAAAAUCAGUGUUUGUCGCCAGCUUCGCAGUUAGCUUCCUGUAGCUUUGCUACCGUGACCAAGUGAAGGAAGGAUUUACCUCAAACUUGCUAUUAUGCCUCGGAGAAAGAAAAACGAACAGAGCCCAACCAGAGUCCCCGGCGAGGCGCCUGCCGGGGGAGAUUUCGGUCUCGGACCACUUCAUGGUUACGAUGUCGCAUCGGCGUCCAACUUUUCAUCCAGCAAAGGAAGCUCCGACAGGCAGAAAAUUACCCAAAACAUGCGAGAUAUAUUCUCCCGCUUGGACCCAGAAGUUAUACACAUGGUGCUGUCUGAGGUUGACUUUAAAGUCGAAAAUGCCAUGGAUUCCCUGUUGGAACUGUCAAUUGCUGCUGAACUCGCAGCCCCUGUUGGAUCACCAGUGUCUGGCUUUGAGAGCACUGCUGCAGCCCUGCUUAGUCCUCAUCAUGUUUCUCAACCUGUACGAGACCCUGGAUCUUUGGAAGCAUCAGAUCACCUCACCUUGCCAUCAUCUACCAGUCUGCUGACGGAAGAGUUGGACCUUCAAGUUGAUCAGGAACUACAAAACCUGACUGCGCAACAGGAAGUUCGUAUUAAUAGCCAAUGUUCGUCUGCAGACAUGACACUUUCUUCGUUAUCUGCACCACAGUUUCCAGAGCAGGUCUUCCCUGAGCUGCUUCAGUUCAACCAGAAACCUGAAUGUGGGCAGAGCUCUGAUGGGCAGCCAUGUCUUGAAGGAGGCUUGGUGCAUUCUGGAGGUCCCUCUCCAUUUGAUGGGCUCAACAUUCGGGAGCAUGGCAGCGGUGACGGUCUGAAAUCGGUUGUGGAUUUCACACAUCUAGUGGCAGAAGAGUCUGCAGACAAGCCAAAACCUCAGUUGGAUCUUGUUGCUUCAGGGCGUCCCUCUGCCUUUCAUUUGUAUAAAAAGGAUGAGUCAUCUGAAAUGUUUUUAGAACAGGCUGGCCCCGUGCCCUCUGAAAAUAGACAUGGAGGACUAGGUUCUCAGGUGACCACACCAUUGUGGAACCUUCAUUCACCUGCUUUCUCUCCGCGUUUACAUGGAAACAAAGGACCAUGUUUUAUCACUCCUAUUGCACCUUCACACCCUUCAAUUGGACAUCUCUCACCCUGGACAGGCCAGUUCAGUCAAGCACCUCUAAGACAUUCUGCUACGAUUCCCAAAUCCUGGGCUACGGCAGCAGCUGCACAUAAUCCAGGUGGGAUUGCACCUGCUCGGUCAAGCAGGCUUCGUUUGGAAGGGAAGGUGCUAGUUUUGCUACGUGGCCCACCAGGAUCUGGAAAAUCCACUUUGGCUCGAGCUCUUGUGGAACAUAAUCCAGGUGGAGUUGCACUAAGCACCGACGACUACUUCACUGUUCAAGGGCACUAUCAUUUUGAUCCUGCUACUUUGGGGGAAGCUCAUGAGUGGAACCACAAGCGAGCCAAAGAAGCUUUUGAGAGAGGCGCUAACCCUAUCAUCAUUGACAAUACAAACAUGCAGGGCUGGGAGAUGAAGCCCUAUGUGGCCCAGGCAUUGAAACAUAAUUACAAAGUGCUGUUUCGUGAGACGGACACUUGGUGGAAAAACAAGCCCAGAGAGCUAGAAAGACGCAGCAAACACGGUGUGUCUGUGGAAACGAUUCGCCGCAUGCUGAAUGGCUAUGAGCACUUUGUAACAGUCAAGUCCAUCAUGGGUGCAUUAUUACCUGAGUCGAAACAGCGCCUUCACUUGGAGAACAGAAAUAUACAGUGUCUGACUCCUGAAGCAAAAUGUCCCGAUCUUGUCAGUGAACCUGGACUGAUGGACCGGCGUAAGAAUUCCCAGUCUCAACUCUUUUCCUCUCUUCCUGAUGUGUCAUCUAUUGAUCAUCCCAGUGAGGUGCACAAGUUGGAAGAUAACCACAAUUCAACAGAUUCAAUUGAUUUCCAGCCAAUUGGAAGAGUGUCAGAACAUUCAGACAGGGAUGUUAACCUGGACUUGGGAGCUUUGGAUUCUGAGCUGGAUUCCCUAAAUCAGUCUAAUGGAGAACAGGGAAUACCUGAUUGUAUUGUGGAAUCGGUGAUGAAUGAAGACCAACAUAGUAAUGAACUCCCGGUGGCCUUCUCUGAGUCUAUCAAACAAAGGUUGCCAAGAGAAAGACCGACAAGGAAGAUUGAUUCUACAAAUCCGGCGAAAGAUAUUGACCAGUCAGAUGACUUGCCAAUGGAAAAAGAGCAGAUGAAUAAAGAGGCAUCAGUGAGAAGUAGGGUAGAGGGAGAGAUGUCCAAUAUGUUGCAUUUUGUAGGUGACUGGCCAUCUGAAGGGCCCCUUGAUCAGCGACAAGCAAGGAGAAAUCAAAGCCGUGAAGACAGAGGGGUGUCUAAAGAAGUCACAAAUGACAAAGGCAAUGUGACUGAGUUCCAGAAACUUCUUGAUCUCAUUCAGACUGGUGUAGUUACUUGCCAGUCUGGUUCUUCUUGUUCAUCACCUCUUUCUGUUUGCCUACAGCACAAUUUGGAGACAGAUGACAAUCUUGAAGAAUCCCUUAGCUGUUGGUCUGAGAGUGAAGAGAAGGGACAGAAUAUGAACACGGAGAAGAGUGGCAGAGUUGACUUACCAGACUGUAUCUUAGACUGGAAAGCUGCAGAAUCUUGUAAGGGUAAUGGUGAGAUUUUAAAAACUGAAAAUGAAACGAGUGGAACCACAGUUUUAGACAUUGGUUGUGAAACAGAGCCUGACGCUGCUGCAGAUACCUUGCCGGCUGUUGCCGCAUAUGAAUCCGUAGGGCCGAAAGAAAGCUGUGGCACAGAAUGUGAUAGCGAGUUUGUGUUUGCCGGCAACACCAAGACAGACACAAAAAAUUGCAAAGAGCAGAUAGACAAUGAACUGACAGUGAAGCCGAAAAGCAGACGGUCUAGUGAUGCCACUGACCCUUUGGAACUGGAGAGUUGUGUUCUCAGUGGAUGCACUCAAGAGCGAAAGCAGCGUCAGAGUCGCAGAUCAGGGAAGCAGUGCAAGCUUGCCCUCACCUUCACUCAGAACUGUCUGGCUCCUUCUCUCAAUACACUUGAAAGUCCCAAUACCACAUUACAAAUGGUUGACAUUGGUCAGAGUGCUAUCACCACACAUCCUGACUGUGAGACCAGACUCAGUCCUAAACUAGACUUCUGCACCAAGCUCAACAAAGAUGACCUUGUGCAAUCUGACUCCCGACUCUCUUCGGAGAGAGAUCGCCCCUCCCAAACUGAACCUCAGGACUUUUCCCUUCUUUGGCGUCUUAAUCAUCAAGACGCCCGAGCAGAUUCCGUUGUCGCUGCCAGCAGCUACUGCAGUGACAUUACAAUCCUAUGUGGCGUCUCCUCACGAUUUGUGCCAGAGGUUGCAUCUGCGGUUUCUGCUGCUGUUGCAGUUCACCCAUCCACUCAAAAUACAGUACCAUACCGCAUGGUGCACGAGAAAAGCACACAGGUGGAGGACAAAGAAUUUGUGGCAGCACAUAGCCGUCAUGAGAGCCUGACCAUCCUCAGUCGUCAUUUUAAGCUAGUUAGUUUCGAUACGUUGGAAGACUUAUAUGACAAAUGCCACCAAGACUUAGAAUGGACAACCAACCUGCUACUGGAUUCUGGAGAAAGGCUCUUCAGAGAUGAGGAGGUUUUAGAGGACAUGCAUGAGGAGGACACUGUUGAAGUUGAACAGAGCACAACACUAUUAGGAACAUCAUUGGAGACCAAGUUGGGGGAUCAACUUCCUUAUGCAGGUUCGACUGCUGGUGCCGAUGUGCUUCAACAGUAUACACAUGAGGCCGUGAGCGAAAUCGGGGAGGCCUCCGAUACUGACUCGUCAGGAUUUGUUGGCACAGCUUCUCCAGCCCAAACCAAAAAUCUGCUGGAUACACAUUCACACACAGUAACAGCUACUCCCAGCCUGCCUACUUUGGAAACACAUGAUGUCAUUGAACAUAAAGCAUUAAUCGAGGAGUUAAGUUUUGCGACUCCAGAUGAGAUUGCCAGUCUGGAAGAGGUCCACCGGCUUCUGCAAGCUGAACUGGAUGAUUUGGAAAGAGAUGAAAGACAGAAGAAGGAUGACAGGAGAUCCAUGGGAAAUCAAGGUUGCAAAGUCCUGAACAUUGACACUGUGGAGCUGAAACUGCCCACUGAGCUGGCAUUGCAACUAAUUGAACUGUUUGGACCUGUGGGAGUCGAGCCAGGUACAUGCUCUUCUGAAGACUAUGCUCUGCAGAUGGAUAUGAACCUGGCUAAACUGCUCCACCAGAAGUGGAGAGAAACUAUCCAGGAACGGCAGAGACAAGCAACUCUUUCCAGCCAAUUGCUUCUGGACGGUCCAGUUCCAUGGAAUGAAACUCAGAUGUGCAAACCAACAUCUCAUUUUCCGAGUGGCAAAGAUGGAGGGAUGCCAGUGAUGGACCACUGGAAUAUGUCCCAGCCAUGUGUCUCUCUACGGGACAUUAUAAAAGAGGAGCUGGCCAUGCAGGAGAACAUGAAGAAGGCAAGACAAAAUCGAGCAGACCUAAGUAGGCGUGAUGGGGCCUCCAUGCUAAAAGAGGAUCAGCUCUACUCCCGUUUCCCCUCCAUUGACCGACAUUUUCUCCACGACAUAUUCAGGGAUCAUAACUACUGCCUCAGCCAGACGGAGCUCUUUCUGAACUCUUUACUAGACCAGGGCCCUGUGAAGACCGUCGUCGCUCCAGAAUUGCCUCACUCUGACCACCACAGAACUCCCAGCAAAGAGAGAGAAAAGAAACUUCCAGACUCUGAUAUAGCUGACUCCCAUAAGUAUCAGGACAUUGAGGAUCCUGAGUACCAGGACUUCAGGGCAGAAGCCAGUCUGCAAAGAAGUCGGCAGCUUGAGAGUUUUUCCAAAGCUGCAGCAGCUUACAAGCAAGGACACAAAGGGGUGGCUUCAUUUUAUGCACAGCAGGGACACUUACACGGGCAGCGGAUGCGUGAGGCCAACCACCGCGCAGCCGUUCAGAUCUUUGAGAGGGUCAACUCCUCACUUCUACCGAAGAACAUCCUGGACCUCCAUGGGUUGCACGUGGACGAAGCCCUGGAACAUCUGCGCCGCAUCCUACAUGACAAAACAGCAGACUGUGAACAAGGUCUGUGUCGACCGCAGCUUUCUGUCAUCACAGGAAGAGGUAACCACAGCCAGGGGGGCGUGGCCCGCAUUCGCCCUGCCGUUAUAAACUACCUCAACAACACAAAUUACAGGUUCACAGAACCAAAGCCGGGUCUCCUGGUCGUCUCUUUGAAGUAAAAAAGAAGCAGGAGAGCAUGCAUGCGAAAGCCUCUACAAGGAACAACACUAAUAUGCUCACACAGAUCAGUAUAGUCACUCUACCUCUUUCUCCUUGUGACUUACUCUCCUGAUUUAAAACAGCCCAAAAAGUCAUCAAUAUUUGUCAAACUGAAGGUAUUGUACAUCUAAAUGAGUAAUUCUUCUGUCACUAUUUCACUGCAGCAAUGAUUAUUUUUAUACACCUGCUAACCAAGAAUGUAUCCAUUUAAAAAAUAUUUUAUAGUGUGCCACUUUUACAGUUUUCUCCAUAUCUUUUAAGAUAUUUAAAAUCAUAAGUCAAAGCUAAUCAUAAAAGAAUGCUGACUGAAUCACAAAAACGUUCUGGUUCAGGGUUGUUUGUAUUUUUAGAUUGUAUCAUCAUAUGCUCAAUUUUCAUGAUAUAUUUUGCAAGUGCUUUACCAAUGCUUUUUGUCAUUAAAGUGGAAAAAUACCAAUACCUGUACUUGAAGAAUAAUGCUUAUUCUGCAAUGUAUUGUAAAAAUUGUUCAAAAGAAUGUUAUAUUUUUCCAUAUCAAAACUAUAUUAAUUGUUGAAAUGGGAUGGUUGCAUCAUGUAAUAAAAUGUUUAUACAAUU